UCUCGCUCUCCUCGGCAAUCCCCACUCCGCGUCGCUCGCCAGAAAGUAUCAUAGCACUCGUCCUAUCUUUAGUAUGACCAACGCGACGAAUGGCACCAAUGUCUACGGCAACUUUGACCUCGUUACGAGGGCUAAGCUGGAUUAUGCGGACAUCUUGGUGUCCAAGUGGAAGAGUAGAGCCACCGGUCUGAGCGUCGUUCACCUCGACUACAACGCCCCCAUCGUGCACGGCUAUUUCGUCAUCGGUACUGAGAUAUUCAAUGAUAGCGGAUGCCCGCAUACACUAGAGCAUCUUGUCUUCAUGGGAUCCGAGAAGUAUCCGUACAAGGGUAUCAUCGAUCACCUAGCAAACCGCGGGUUCUCAAACGGUACAAAUGCCUGGACGGACACCGACCACACGGCAUACACCGUGUCCACCGCCGGAGAACAAGGUUUCCUGCAGCUUCUACCAAUAUAUGUUGACCACAUCCUCUAUCCCACCCUCACGAAGGCUGGAUAUAUCACAGAGGUCCACCAUAUCAAAGGGAAAGGCGAAGAUUCGGGUGUCGUCUAUAGCGAGAUGCAGGGUCGUGAAAAUACCUCGAGCGAUCUCAUGGCUCUUCGAAUGCAGCAACUAGCUUUCCCACCAGGGAGCGCGUAUCAAAGCGAAACCGGAGGUCUCAUGAAAGCAUUGCGAGAGCUCACUGUCGAACAGAUCAGGGACUACCACAGUUCAUACUAUGUCCCCCACAAUCUGACACUGAUUGUUGCUGGCAAGCUGGCCUCUGGAACCAACACUUUACUCGACGUUGUACAAAACAAAGUAGAGCCGUCCCUCAUUGCACAUGGACAAAAUCAUGGCCCUCGGCCCAAGGGCUGGAAGAGGCCGUUUUUGGAGACUCCUAGUGCGAAUCGCCCUCCGUUUACUGAGACGAUUAGGGACACAGUCGAGUUUCCGGAGCAGGACGAGAGUCUAGGGGAAGUCCAGAUUAGUUGGCAAGGGCCGGCACCAACAGACUUCCUGGAAAAUAAGGCAAUUGACAUCCUGGGUGUCUACCUAUCAUCAUCGUCAACCGCUCCUCUCAACAAAGAAUUCGUCGAGAUCGAAUCCCCUCUCUGCACGUACGUCUAUUUCGAAGAGCGGGACUACGCCACACGAAAUGGUCUUUACAUCUACGCCGGCUCUGUCCCUGCAGAGCAUCUCGAUAGUUUCGACGAGAAGCUGCAAAAUAGCCUGAAGCGUAUCGCUAAGGAAGGCUUCGACAUGAAGCGCAUGGCAAUGGUCAUCGAUCGGGACGAACGCCAGCUGCGUAGCAAAGUUGAGUCAUCUAAGGGUGAUACCUUCUCGGGGACGGUCAUCACAGACUUCCUGUACGGUGCUGAGAACGGCUCCACCCUCGGACCGUCGCUCGACGAGAUAUCGAGAUUUGAUGCCCUUAGGGCAUGGAAGAGCGAGGAUUGGGUCAGAUUGCUGAAGCACUACUAUAUCAACCAACAUCGCGUAGUACUCAUUGGAAAGCCGUCUGCUGCAAUGGCAAAACGACUGGAGGAUGAGGAGAAGGCUCGCAUUGCUCAGCAGAAGGCGAAGCUGGGCGAAGAAGGUCUGAAGAAAGCCGAGGCAGAACUCGAGGCGGCCAAGAGCGAGCACGACAGACCAAUCCCGACCGACAUCCUCACUGGCUUCCCGGUUCCAAGUGUCAAGAGCAUAGUAUGGAUACCGGUGCAAAGCUUGCAGGAGGUCGGCAAGGGCGCGGGACGUCACAGAGCUGUGGAGCAAAGAGAUAAUGCCGAGGUCUCCCGACAUGUCCAGGCUGACGGCUCUCCGCUGCCCUUCUUCGUUCAGUACGACCAUGUCGAGUCCGACUUCGUCACGAUCAGUGCCUAUCUAUCGCUAGCGGACGUGCCGGAUGAGCUGCGUCCUCACGUCUUCAUCUACCUCUCGGCGUUUUUCUCCCUUCCCGUUACAAGACAUACUGGUGAGGAGCUUUCACAUGAAGAGGUCGUCGACCGCCUGGACAACGAUACCGUAUCGUACGAAAUCGGCCUUGGGUCGAAUAGUAAGUUCACGGAGACAGUUAGCGUGGCGAUCAAGGUGCAGACGUCGCAAUAUGAGAGCGCCGUUGCUUGGCUUAGAGAUUUGCUCUACGCAAGCAAGUUCGACAAGGAGCGAUUGGCCGUCACGAUAGCUAAGACUCUGCAGUCUUUGCCAGAGCUUAAACGGGACGGAAAUACUGUGCUUAGCUCCGUCUGCUCCGAGAUCCUUUGCAGUUCGAGUUCGACAAGUCGCUUCCAUGGAGUCCUUCCUCAGGCAGAGUUUAUACCGAAGCUGUUGCAAGAGCUACAGGAGAACCCGGACGGCGUAAUUGCGAAGUUCGAACAGAUUCGCCGGAGCAUUCUUGCGCCCUCUGGUGCAAGGUUCGCUGUCAGUGGCAACAUCCUUGCUCUUGCUCAGCCUCGUACCACUUGGGCGAAGUACUUCAAUGGUUCACUUAAGGAAAGCCCGCUUGAUCCUGUCCGCCGAGCGUCGUACACACUCAACGAGAUUGGCAAAAAUCCAGCGAAGAAGGCGGUUAUCGUGUCCCUUCCUACCAUCGAGAGCUCCUUCGUCUCCCACUAUGCGAAGGGUAUUGAGGGUCAUGCUCAUCCACAAUACCCUGCAUUGAGGGUCGCAGGUGAGAUCUUGAAUGCGACGGAAAGCUAUCUCUGGCGUUACAUUCGCGGCUCGGGUCUCGCAUAUGGAGCGUACGUUACCCUCGAUGUGGAGGCAGGGCUGGUUAGCUUCACACUCUACCGCUCAUCGAAUAGCAUCGACGCAUUUAACCAGGCGAAGUCUGUGAUCGAAGGACUUGUGAAGGGAACUAUCGCUUUGGACGAGACUGGCUUGGACGCAGCUAAAAGCAGUAUCGUCUACUCCGUUACAAGAGGAGUAUCAACGCCUGGCCGUGCUGGCCUUGUCUCCUUCAUCAACCAGGCCUUGGAAGGUGUCCCACAAAACCAUAGCAUCGAGCUGCUCGAGAAGUAUGCGAAAGUCACCAAGGAAGACGUGCUUGAGGCCCUCAAAACAUAUUUCCUUCCGCUGUUCGAUGCAAAGUCGUCCGUUGCGGUCGUGGUCACUGCGCCUGCCAAAGCUGCCAGCACUGGCGAGGAGCUCGCUAAGCUUGGAUAUGAGGUUGAGCAGCGAUCGAUAAAUAUUGAUCUCGACGAGGAGGGCGAGCUCUCGGGCUCGGACAGCGAAGGAAGCGCGAGUGACGACAUGAGUACGGGUAGUCGAUAGUUGUUCUCGCGUAGUAGAUCAUGUUUCUCGUGUAUUCCAAGGAACAUGAAGCGCGCAUACGGCCAGUGAGACAAAUAUAUCAGAGAGUCGUAGCUCCUGUA